AUGAGUCGAGAUCAGCCAACGUACCUUAUUCCAAAACGAUUUAUAAUUGUAGGGUUAUGCGCAGUGACUUUUGCAAACUGCUAUGCAGAUCGAUCGAACAUAGUUUUUAUGUCAAUGGAUUUUGGAUGGUCAUCAACGACACAAGGAUUAGUGUUAUCAGCAUUUUUCGUAGGAUACUUAACACCCAAAUAUUAG